CUUCAUUCAGACACAUCAGAACAACUGAGCAUCUUAGACACACCUUCACAGAAAAUCUAACUAGAAAGAGGAAGUAGCAAAGCGACCUGAGACAAUCCAGGAGAAACAGCUUCCACAGACACACAAGGAUAGAAAAACAAGAUUUUACUAGCCUGAAACAUCACACUGAGAGCCAGAGGAACAACUCUCAAGUGCAGGUUUGAAAUUCCAAGACGGCACCCUGAGACAGGAGUAGCACCUCAUCCAAGGUAGUACGCGGGCCCACUUUGGUCUAAACAAAGGAUUUUUCUGAUUAUGGAUAUGGGUAAUCAACAUGCCUCAAUCACUGCUCUUCAAGAAAUACAGAGGAAAGUCAAAGACACUGAGAAGAAUGUGUCAACCUUCAGUGGUCUAAGCAAUGAUCCGGAGUACAAGAAGCUAGAGAAUGCUUUGCUUAGACAUCUUUUUGAUAUAGAGUCAAUAGACACUGAUGGAAAAGGCCACAUUUUACAAGCACGCAAACGGGCUACCGAGGAGACUGAAAGGAUUCUGAAGGAGUUAGAGAAUAACGCAAACCACCCGUGCCGACUGGAGAUAGAAAAUAUCUUUAAGGAAGCGCAACGUCUGGUAGCACAGCAAAUGACUCCAUUUUUUGGAGGUGGGAAAGGCAUCCCGGAAGAGUUUGAGGAAGGCAUUCAGAACAUACUAAUGAGAUUAACACAAGUGAAAACUGAGGGUAAAAGCUCCCUGAGAAAAGCAAGGUACCGUACCUUAACCAAAGUCCUUUGUGUCCAAGAAAUUUUAGAAAACUGUUUAAAAAAAACAAUACUUUCUCUCCCUCUGUCGACUGAGGCACAUCCGUCGGUUUCCAAAAUCAACUCCGUUAUGUGUGAAGUUAACAAGACCAGAUGGAGUCUCAUAAGACUUCUCGUUGGCGUAAAUGAUCAUGAAACUUACAGGCACCUUUCCUGUGUUCUCUCUGGAUUAAUGGCAGACUUGGAUGCCCUGGAUGUUUCCGGACAUACGGAGGUGAGGAACUACAGAAAAGAGGUGGUUGAAGAAAUAAAUGGUUUGUUAAAAUAUCUAGAUGAAGAGGAGGAAGCCCAGAUGACAAGUUCUUAUGACUUGGCCCAAAAUCAAUCCAUUCUAAAAAUAGAAGAACUUCGCAAAAGAAUGAAAGAAAUCAGGAGUGUUGUUUUGGAAAGGUUUCAUAAUUUAUCUGACAUUCAUAUGGGGACCAAGUCUGAGCUGCAGGGGCUUAUUGCCCAGUUGGACGAGGUGAGUGCAGGCAGGAAUCCUUGCAUUCGUGAAGCCAGAAGAAGAGCUGUGGUUGAGGUGCAAGCUGUUAUAAUGUACAUCGACUUGAGGGAAGCACUUGAAAGAAGGCAACAUGCCGGUGAUCAGCUCAAUACGGAACACGCGUCCCAUGCAGCUGUCUGGAGGGUUCUCAGCAACUUAUCAGAGCUCCAGAAAGAUGUCCUCUCAUUUGAUGGGAAAAGAGCUGAUAAGAAUUAUAUGAUAUUGGAAGAGCUAAUCACCAAACAAUUGCUUGCUCUUGACGCUAUUGAUUCCCAAGGAGAUGAAUGUACAAAAGCAGCAAGAAAGCAAGCUGUAAAAUUUGCAAAUAACAUUCUUAGUUAUCUAGAUAUGAAAACUGACGAGUGGGAGUAUUGAGAGAGAGAGAGAGCUUAGGUGGCCUGAAAGUGCUGCACUUAUUUUGACACUACAAAAACCUACAAAUGCGAGAAUUCUCGUAUUGGAUUGGACUACUGAAAUGUUCACAUUUAUCUUUGAGGAGAAACGACAACUUUAAAACCAGCCACCUUUUCGUACUUGUUAAAGGAUAUGUUUUUUUUCCAAUAUUCUAACUUUAUUUUAUUUUUUUGUCUACAGUUACUUAGAAAACAGCUUGGCUACAAUUAUAGUACCUCCCAAAAAUAUAAGAAGAGAGUAAAAAUAUAAGAAUAGUUACCAAUACAAAAUAGUAGGAAUACACUUUAAGCUAUUAAGUUGCGGCCCCCCAAAAAUAUCUAAUUAAUCGUAAAUUAUAUUAUAAAAGGAACUCUCCAAGCACCAUAACCAGUACUGCCUGCUGUAGUGGUAACCUGGCACCAUCAAAUGGUGAGUAGUGAAACCAGUUUUAUCCGAGUUGACAAUUUACCUGGGACCAGUUGUGCACCCAUGGCCAAAGCCCCUGCCUUCGGGUUUCUUCGGCUGUAGGAAUUAUUAGCUUUACAGAGCUGAGCAAGGCCAUGCAGUUUUGCACACCUUGGGUGAGCACAGUUCUGCAUGUGUCCAGCUUGGCUCUGUAGACCUGCAGGAGAAUGCCGGGAUUGCGGACAUACAAUGAGACCUGGGUAAAUUGUCAAACCGUACUAAACUAGGAAUUGUACAGAACUGACCAGGGCACAUUGUCCAGCAUGGCUAUUUUAGCCUACAAUUUGCAGUUCCCUACAAUUUACAGUUUGUUGAACAGCCCCGUUAGUUAAAUAAUAUUUAUUGUGUGAAAAACAAACUCAUUAAGAACUCAAACCCAGUGGCUGUGAAGUAGGAUAAACAUGUCAUGCUCAAAUCCUAAAUUUACUGAACCCAAAAUUUGGGAUGGGUUAGAAACCGUUUUCUCUCACAGUGUUUCUCAUCGGACAUAUUAGAAAGUGAAGUAAAUCAAAUAUUUCACUAGCCCACUGGUUUGUUCCUUUGAGAGGAUGGGAUGAGCUUUGCUGUAGUUCCAUAACUCGUCUGCUUAUGCUUUCAGAUGGGCAGCCUAGUAGCCUGUAUUAUUGUGGAUUCCAGUGGCUGAUUUUGCUGUUACUUGAAUCAGAUGUAUUCCUGCAAUAAGAAUGUGACAGAUUGCAGAAUUUAGUAGCCAAGCCUGCCUAGUUAGGAGCCAUUUUUUUUUUUUAGUUUUUAAUUUAAGCACCAAAAGAUGACACUGCCAACCGGUACACUGCACAUAACUUAGUUCUUGGUUGGCAUCAGUCCUCCUGUGUGGCAUAUUUCACACGUAAUAAACUAACGCUUUCAAUGACAAGAAUUAGUUUCAACAAAUCUCUUAUUUAGCCCCCGUGAUAUGUAAUGAUGUGGCACAAUGUAUUAAUACAUUAAAACCUAUAAUAAUAAUAUAGAAAAUAUAUUGCCAUGUAUUGUAGGUACUCGCAAGGUGUUGGUUGCCAGUGCUUAGUACAAAAAUUGCUCAGUUUAUUUUGUAUGAAGAGAGAAAGGUCAUUCCUGUUGGUUUCUCAUUGUUUGUGUUAGCAAUACUCCAAGCACCAUAAUCACUGCAGCACCCCCUCCACGUAAGUAGUCAAACUGUUUGAUUUCUUAUCUGGACUACACCAAGCGCUGAUCACUUCCUCGAUGGAAAGCUGGAAGCACCUGCAUAGAGCUCUUCUGAUUUAAACUUUGCCGUGCAGGAUCGAAUCAUUGACUGAGAGCGUCAGCUGAUUGCUCUCAGCCAUAGAGCUAAACCAUGCACUACCGAAAAGUCUGGCUCUUAUAGAGGAGGUGACCGCUGCUCAGCAAACCCUUAGCACUCCUGGUACCAUAACCACUACAGUGGUCUGUUUUAGUUAUGGUACUUGGAGUGUUCCUUUAAAUUACUUUAUAUUUUAUGCAUGGGGAAAACAGCAUGUAGCUAAAGGUCAAUACAAGUUUGUCAACAAUAAAGACAUGGACGUGGCAAAAAAUCAAACAUCUUGUUAAAACAAAGUGAGCAUAGUAAAAUAUUAUACAAUGUAGAAACAAAUUCAAUGGGUAGAGGACAUGUAUAGGGUGUAGCCUACUUGAGCAAAUUAUGUCUGGUAAGAUCCCAAUUUCAAAAAGUCAAGUUAAAGAAACAUUUCAAGCACCAAAACCACUACAGCCUGAUGUAGUGGUUAUGGUGCCACGAGUGCCCUGGUGCUGUCACACAGCACGAUUUUAGCACUGCUUGACCAACUAAUGUGGUUCCUGAUAGUCGCCUGCGCCAUAUCCCCUGCAUCUAUUCUCCUCCAGGAGUAUUGCUCUCACCCAAUGAUUGCAAUUCUACAUCUGUUCUAGUUUGUAGUGGUCCUUGUAGUAUUCGUUUAGAAGCUCAUGUUAAGGGAACACUAAAGUGUUAGGAAUAGAAACGUGUUCCUAAUGCCACAGGGUUUGCUGAUCUUUUGGUGGCUGACUGCGCUGCUGUGAAGGUUUUAAUUCUUUAUGUUGUGCAUGCAGACAAAAGUCAAAUUGGCAGUGAUGUUAGAAUAAUAUAAAGAGUGAUCAAGUUUCAAUAUACAUGACAGGUGAUCUGCACAAUUUUUAUAUAAUAAGCUAAUAUAAACAAGAUAGAUCCGGAUGAGUUCCCCUGGAGGCCCCAGGCUGGUAGUUAAACGGUGAAUUUAACUAACCUUUACUCCCAUGCUGCUCUGCUCGCACCACGUUCGCUCCGCCUCCAUGGCUGAUAUCACAAAACGCUAUACUGCGCCAAUCAAAUGGUCUCUAUGGGGCCAUCUGAUAAUUGAGUUUAGCUUGGCAGAAGCCCCUCCAAUAGCUGUCAGGAAGAUGGCCACUAGAGGUGUGUUUAACCCUGUUAUGGAAACACUGUUUCUAAAAAGUAAAUGGCAGUGGUUUACAUGGAAGGCUUAAAGGAACACUAUAGUGUUAGGAAUGCAAAACUGUGCUUCUGCCCCACGCUCCCUGCUGGCAAAUAAAGGGUUAAAAACUCUGUAUUUACUUACCUGAUUCCAUUGCCGAGAUCCCUUGGCACUGGAUCGUGCUCCACCUCUGCUGACGUCACAGUGAUCUGGAAACCUAACUCGCUGUGAGCUCCGUGUGUCCAUUAGAAUCCGUGCUUUCCUAUUGGUUUC